ACCCUCAACAGAAACAAAUGCAACUCGUCAGUCUCUUUUCAGCGCCCACAGCCACCACCUUCCUGGAAACUGUCAAAGUGGAUGCUCCCGCCAACCAAAUAAUACCAACACGAUUAACUACACCUCUAUAACUACCCCCUCAUCAUUUUUCCAGUUCCUAACUCUAUAACUCUAAGAUGUCAAAUUUCCAAUUCCUUUUCAUCUUCUUUAUUAUUCUAUUAACAGACUUGCCAACCGAUGUUACGCCGCAGCAGCAGACUACUGAUGGCACCGUUUCAUGCCCGCUUGAUUUUAACGUUUUGCGUCCGCUUAUUACCGGGUCGGUCCCUUCCAACAUGGACCUUUCAUCCCAGUGUCAGUAUAUCCGACAAGGCCUCCGACUCGUUCAGUCUAAUUACCUUCGACUCAGUGGAAAUUUUAUGCCUCCACUCAACUCGUCCGACUCAUGCUGGCAAGCUUACCAAAACCUUACGAAAGAUUUUCUGCCGAAUUUUGAUAUCCGAUCACGUUGCGGUUAUGAAACGAGUUGGAUAUCUCAAGGGUGUAUGAACAUCACUACGAAAACGCAGUUCGAGGAGCUCAUUCCGAAGACUGUGUUAAAUGACGUCGUUUCAAGCUGUAACCAGUCGCUGAAAAACAGUGCUCCCUGUGCGUCUUGUACGACGAGCUUGUCCAGCUUGCCCGCUUUGUAUUUGACGGGAAAAUCAACUGGUAACCUAUCCGAUUGCGGGGCGUAUCCGUCGAUUUAUGCGGCAGCGGUUGCAAAUCAGUUUGGACCCACCAAUGAAGGUACUAGCGGCUGUCUGUUUGGGCUUGGUCCUAGUGGAUCCAAAAAGGGUGGCAAAAAUAAACAUGUUGUGAUUAUUGUUGUUCUGGUCGUGUGUGGUAUUGGGCUGCUGUUGAUCAUUACUGGGGUUUGGUUUUUAUGGCAUAAGCGUGUGAUCUUAAAAAGAAAAAUGAAGCAUAAAGACGCCAGUAAUAAUGUUGAAAUGGGAUUGCAGUCCAUUAGCGAGAGUACUCAUUUGGUUAGGUUCACAUUUGAAGAGAUUAAGAAAGCAACUAGGAAUUUCUCUAGGGACAAUAUAAUUGGGAAAGGAGGGUAUGGUAAUGUUUAUAAGGGGGUUUUGCCUGAUGGGUCUGAGGUUGCUUUCAAGAGGUUCAAGAAUUGUUCUGCCUCAGGAGACGCCAAUUUCACUCAUGAGGUAGAGGUUAUAGCCAGCGUUAGGCAUGUCAACCUUGUGGCUUUGAGAGGUUAUUGUAUUGCCUCAACUCCAUUAGAGGGUCACCAGAGAAUUAUUGUGUGUGAUUUGAUGAGGAAUGGAAGUUUAUAUGAUCAUUUGUUUGGUUCUGUGGAGAGUAAGCUCAGUUGGCCUAUUAGGCAGAAGAUUGCUCUAGGAACGGCUAGAGGAUUGGCUUAUUUGCAUUAUGGUGCACAACCAGCGAUCUUUCAUAGGGAUAUUAAAGCUAGUAAUAUACUCUUGGAUGAGAAAUUUGAGCCCAAGGUAGCAGAUUUUGGACUUGCAAAAUUUACGCCUGAAGGGAUGAUGACACAUUUGAGUACUAGGGUGGCCGGGACAAUGGGAUAUGUUGCUCCUGAGUAUGCCUUGUAUGGGCAAUUGACAGAAAGGAGUGAUGUGUACAGCUUUGGUGUUGUGCUUCUUGAGCUUUUGAGUGGUAGGAAGGCGCUGGUGUUGAACGAAGAUAAUCAACCAUCUCUUGUUACAGACUGGGCAUGGUCUCUGGUGAGGACAGGGAAUGCUCUAGAUGUUGUAGAUAAUGGUAUGCCAGAGCUGGGAACACCAGAAAUUCUGGAGAAGUAUGUAUUGAUUGCUAUUCUUUGUUCUCAUCCACAGUUAUAUGCAAGGCCAACAAUGGAUCAAGUUGUGAAAAUGUUGGAAACAGAGUUGUCUAUCCCUUCAAUCCCAGAACGACCGAUAUCUAUUGUAGCUGACAUGGAUGAGAUUGAGAGGUCUGUGAGCAGUAGUGGCUCAGCUAUGCUCUUUAGUUUUGCUGACUUCAAACCAUUUGUGGAAACUGAUCGCUCUGCUGGUGACAAGGAAGAAGGGGAAAAUUAUGAUUCCAGAAAUGUAGAAUUGUUAUGAAGUAAAUGUUUUGACCAGAGUUCAUUUGAACUCAACAAUGGUGUCUCCACUGAUUGAUAUGCUAACACAGAAGCAUUUGUUGGUUUAUUUUUCCAUGGUUCCUGAAUUUUGAAUCAAGUUCCACAUUGUAAAGAUGAUUUCUAUGUAUAAUUUAUUGAUUCUUUUGUUUCUA